CGACAUUAAGGUAAAUGUUGAGGGACAAAGACGUCCAUAUAUACAACCUAAAGGGACGGCGUCGUUUUUCCACUGGAAGUCCGAAGUCGUUUCAUGACAAACGUCGUUUGGCGUCGUUAAUCUCGCGACCAAACGGCGUCGUAUUUACAAAGUUUCCAUUUUAUGCCUCUCUCCCGGCGAUUUUUGGCGAAGUGGUGGCGAUGGAUUUGCCGGAGUGCCCGGUGUGUCUCCAGAACUACGACGGAGCGUGCGCGAUCCCGCGGGUGCUUGCUUGUGGGCACACUGUCUGUGAGGCCUGCCUUGGUAACCUGCCCGAGCGGUACCCAGGGACCGUUCGCUGCCCGGAGUGUACCCAAUUGGUGAAGUGCCCUGCCCAAGGUCCCUCCGCUCUGCCCAAGAACAUCGACCUCCUCCGCCUCUGUCUUUCUCAAAACCCUGAUCCUAAUCCCCAUAUAUCCCAAAAACCCCGCGAACAUUCCCCAAAUUACGACGAUCGCCAUCGAUUCUUGCCUCGAUUUUGGUCUGACGAGUUCUAUUCUCUCUGGAAGGACUGGGUCCUCCAGAACGACGCUGUUUUCGUUGAACCAAAGGAUGAAGAAGAAGAAGGAGGAAGAGGAGAAGGUCUGUGUGCUGUGUUAGGUGGAAGAACGGGUACUGUUUCUUCGUUGCCACUUCGUGGGGGGUUCAGGGAGAACCAAAGGUUGAGUCUUGUGCGGCUUGUUUCGUUGUCUACCGUGAGUGACUCUUCUGUGUUUGAUUAUAGCUACGUUGCGCGGAUUAUGAGAUGCUUGAGUGUAAUGGAAGAGGAGGAGAGAGAUGAACUGGGCUUGGUUCUGAGAGCUUCUUUGGGGCAACAGAGUGGGAUGUGUAAAGUUUAUGGCUUGUGGGGUGAUUUGGAAAGUGGGUUUUUAGAUUUAGUGUGUGAGAGACUAAGAGGAAGUUUCUUGGAGAAGUUGGGUGAUUUGAGAAGUGGUUUUGGUGGGGGUGGGGGUGAUGGAGAUGAGGAGGGUUCAAAUAAAGAUGAUAUGUCUGGUUUUGCAAUGAUCGGUGUGGGAACUUGUGAGGCAGUGAUUGCUCUGCAUUUGGAAAGUUUAGUAAUCGGUUGUUUGGGUCUUUCAUGCUUUACUUUCGACGAUUUUGGUCAUGUUUAUGUGGAUUUGAGUGAGGUGUUGGUGGCGGGAAGGAAGGUUCGUAAGAGUGUUGUGGAAGCUGUUUCUGGUAGGUCAAGAAUUGAUAACGACGAGUUGGGAGUGAUUUUCAGUGGUUUAUUGAAAAAAGGGGCUUUUUUGAGCCCCGAGCUGUUGCUUGAGUUGUUGCAGAAAGAGGGCGUUGCAGUAGAAUGUGGAAGCUCAAGUUUUUCAGUUAGCUGUAGUUCAGAUGUUUGGUCAUUAGCCUGUGUGCUAAUCAGGCUUAUUAUUGGACAAUCAUUCACUGACGAGAUUUCGGAAAUAAGCGUAGAAGGCUCUGAUUAUUCUACUCUGUACGUGAGUUGGGUGGGGAAAGUUAGUUCUUUGUUGGAAACCAAUUUAGGUUCAGCAUAUGCUUCAUUGAGUCAGAUUCUCUGUAAAUGUUUGAAUUUUGAUCCAGAUAGUCGCCCACUUGCAACUGAUGUAAGAAAAUGCUUAAGGGAAUUGCUAAUCAAACCUCAAUUUGAUGUCUUGGGUGGUUUUGAGUGUGCAAUUAACGAGGACAACAAAUGGCAUUGCUUGAUUUUUGGGAAACUGUGUCAGUUGCCCACCGAAAGAGCAGGAAUACGGGAAGAAGAUGGUGGAGCAGAAUUUGAUCAAGUUGACAAAAACUUCGUUGAUGGCCUCUCUGAGGGAGUUAUCAAAUUUAAAGAUCUUCAGGGUCAUCUUGAUUGUAUUACAGGGUUAGCAGUUGGAGGGGGUUUUCUGUUUAGCUCCUCAUUUGAUAAAACUAUUCACGUAUGGUCUUUGCAGGACUUCUCUCAUGUACACACAUUUAGAGGUCAUGAGCAUAGAGUCAUGGCUCUACUUUAUGUGGAUGAAGAACAACUGUGCAUAAGUGGUGAUAGUGGUGGUGGCAUAUUUGUCUGGGGCAGUAGUGUCCCGCUUGUUCAAGAUCCUUUAAAGAAAUGGCACGAGGAGAAAGAUUGGCGCUAUAGUGGUAUUCAUGCCCUAACCAUUUCAGGAAAUGGCUAUCUCUAUUCUGGCGGUGGAGAUAAAUCAAUAAAAGCAUGGUCAUUGCAGGAUGGCAUUCUGUCAUGCACAAUGAAUGGACAUAAAUCAACUGUUUCAUCACUUGCUGUAUGUGAUGGGGUUCUUUACAGUGGCAGUUGGGAUGGAACGAUCCGAUUAUGGAGUCUUGAUGAUCAUAGUCCAUUGGCAGUGUUGGGGGAAGACACGCGUGGAAAUGUGGCCUCUGUCUUGUCCCUUGCUGCUGACAAGCAUAUGCUCAUUGCAGCUCAUGAAAAUGGAUGUAUCAAGGUCUGGAGGAACGAUGUAUUAAUGAAAUCUACACAAUUACACAGUGGUUCCAUUUUUACUACUGGUUUGGAGGGUAAAUGGCUAUUUACAGGAGGCUGGGACAAAAUUGUCAAAGUACAGGAAUUAUCAGGUGAUGAGUUUCAAAUAGACAUCAUACCAACUGGAUCCAUCCCUUGUGGUUCUGUCAUAACAGCUUUGUUAUGCUGGCAAGGAAAGCUUAUAGUCGGAUUUGCUGAUAGGUCUGUCAAGGACCAUUUGGGUCUUCUGAGUAAGACGUGGAGUGAUUACACGAGCUUAAACCAAUGGGUUGUGCGCGACUAUUACCGUCUAGUGAACUCCGUGAACGCCUUCGAGCCGCAGAUUCAGAGGCUCUCGGAUGAGCAGCUUGCUGCGAAAACCGUUGAGUUUCGUCGUCGAAUAAGGCAUGGGGAGACGCUUGCCGAUAUUCAAGCUGAGGCAUUUGCUGUUGUUCGUGAAGCAGCAAUAAGGAAACUUGGAAUGCGGCAUUUUGAUGUGCAGGUGAUUGGUGGAGCGGUGCUUCAUGAUGGGUCUAUUGCCGAGAUGAAAACGGGAGAAGGAAAGACACUGGUGUCCACAUUAGCAGCAUAUCUUAAUGCCCUGACUGGUGAGGGUGUUCAUGUGGUAACCGUUAAUGAUUAUUUAGCUCAACGUGAUGCUGAGUGGAUGGGUCGUGUUCAUCGUUUCCUAGGUCUUUCUGUGGGUCUAAUUCAGAGGGGGAUGACAGCCGAACAGCGAAGAUCCAACUAUGGAUGUGAUAUAACAUACACCAAUAAUUCAGAGCUUGGGUUUGAUUAUCUGCGAGAUAAUCUUGCUGGAAAUAGUGGACAACUUGUGAUGAGAUGGCCGAAGCCAUUUCAUUUUGCAAUAGUUGACGAAGUCGAUUCAGUCCUUAUAGAUGAAGGAAGAAAUCCUUUGUUAAUCAGUGGGCAGGCUAGUAAAGAUGCUGCAAGAUAUCCAGUUGCUGCUAAAGUAGCCGAGCUACUUGUGCAGGGCCUUCAUUACAACGUGGAGCUUAAAGAUAAUUCAGUGGAGUUGACUGAGGAAGGGAUUGCGCUUGCUGAGACGGCUCUCGAAACAAAUGACCUAUGGGAUGAAAAUGAUCCCUGGGCUAGGUUUGUGAUGAAUGCUUUGAAGGCUAAAGAAUUCUACCGGCGAGAUGUCCAAUACAUUGUCAGAGAUGGGAAGGCUCUCAUAAUCAAUGAGCUGACAGGCAGAGUUGAAGACAAGAGGAGAUGGUCUGAUGGGAUUCAUCAGGCUGUUGAGGCUAAAGAAGGUCUGAAGAUUCAGGCCGAUUCAGUUAUUGUGGCACAAAUCACGUAUCAGUCACUCUUUAAGCUUUACCCAAAGCUGUCAGGGAUGACUGGGACUGCAAAAACGGAAGAGAAAGAGUUCUUGAAAAUGUUCCAGAUUCCAGUUAUUGAAGUGCCCACAAACCUUCCAAAUAUUCGUAGAGAUUUACCCAUCCAAGCUUUUGCUACUGCUCGUGGAAAAUGGGAACAUGUUCGUCAAGAGGUUGCAUACAUGUUUAGAUUGGGCCGUCCUGUUUUAGUUGGAACCACUAGUGUCGAGAAUUCUGAACAUUUGUCUGAUCUGCUGAAGGAAUGGAAUAUCCCUCACAAUGUCUUGAAUGCACGACCCAAGUAUGCUGGAAAGGAGGCUGAAAUUGUUGCCCAGGCAGGACGAAAAUAUGCCAUCACCAUCUCCACAAAUAUGGCUGGUAGAGGCACUGAUAUAAUCCUAGGAGGAAAUCCAAAAAUGCUUGCAAAAGAAGUUAUAGAGGAUAGCUUACUUUCAUCUUUGACACGAGAAGCUCCUAACAUUGAAGUUGAUGGCGAGACAAUUUCACAAAAGGUAUUGUCAAAGAUAAAGGUUGGAUCAUCAUCAGCUGCACUGCUAGCUAAGACAGCCCUAAUGGCUAAAUAUGUAUGCAAAAGUGAGGGUAAGAGCUGGACCUACCAGAAGGCAAAAUCUUUGAUCUCAGAGGCUGUGGAAAUGAGUCAAUCAAUUAAUUUGAAAGAAAUAGAAAAGCUUGCUGAUGAAGAGUCUGAGAUGUACCCUCUGGGCCCUACUAUAGCACUAGCUUAUCUGUCAGUUCUGAAGGAUUGUGAAGUACACUGUUCCCACGAAGGGUCUGAGGUGAAAAAACUAGGGGGGCUUCAUGUGAUCGGGACAUCCUUGCAUGAAUCUCGGAGAAUAGAUAACCAGCUUCGUGGAAGAGCAGGAAGGCAAGGGGAUCCUGGAUCAACACGGUUUAUGGUGAGCUUGCAGGAUGAAAUGUUUCAGAAGUUUAAUUUUGAUACUGAAUGGGCAGUGAGGAUUAUAUCUAAGAUUACAAAUGACGAGGAUAUACCAAUUGAGGGCCAAGCAAUUGUAAAGCAGCUCUUGGCCCUGCAAAUCAACGUGGAGAAGUUCUUCUUUGGCAUAAGAAAGAGCCUGGUUGAGUUUGAUGAAGUAUUAGAGGUGCAACGAAAGCACGUCUACGACCUUAGGCAAUUAAUUUUAACGGGUGAUAGUGAAAGUUGUUCCCAACACAUUCUCCAGUACAUGCAAGCUGUGGUGGAUGAAAUUGUUUGUGGGAAUGUUGAUCCGCUGAAGCAUCCCAGGAGCUGGAGCUUGGGUAAGCUCUUGAGGGAGUUCAUCUCAAUUGCGGGGCCGCUGUUGGAUGCAGAUGGAACUUUUGAAGACUCAUUUUCAGGGAUCACUGAGGAGGCAUUGCUUGAUUCUAUUGGACAACUGCAUGACUUCAGUUCAAUUGAUAUUGACAACUUUUACCUUCCAAAAUUGCCAAAACCUCCAAAUUCCUUUAGAGGAGUACGUAGGAAGAGCUCUUCAUUAAAACGUUGGCUCACUAUAUGCUCUGAUGAUUUGACUACGAAUGGAGGGUACCGGCCCAUUAUAAAUCUUCUUCGCAAGUACCUUGGAGAUGUUCUAAUUGCUUCAUAUUUAACUGCUGUUCAAGAAUCAGGUUAUACUGAUGCAUAUGUAAAAGAAAUUGAGAGAGCCGUUCUUGUUAAGACUCUAGAUCUUUUUUGGAGGGAUCAUCUUGUAAACAUGAACAGGCUUAGCUCAGCGGUAAAUAUAAGGAGUUUUGGGCACAGGAAUCCUCUUGAAGAAUACAAAAUUGAUGGGUGUCGAUUUUUCAUUUCGAUGCUCGGUGCAACUCGAAGGCUAACUGUAGAGUCACUCUUGCGCUAUUGGUCAUCCCCAAUGGAGUCCCAAGAACUAUUUGUAUCAUAAAAGCAGAAUAAAUUUCACGCUGAUGAUUUGGGGAGUUCAGGAUGAUCUUCUUCCUGCAUUGGUGUGACUUAGCAGGAUAUUAUGGGGAGUUCAGAUGAUGUUGUUCUAUGGUCACGUAACUUCUACAUUGUAUUGGUUAAAGUUCACUUACAAGAUAACAUCGUUUGUGCUUGCAGUUGCUUGUCUGUCUUUUGAACUAAUGUUCAAACCAAGUUUUAUCCCACACUCUUGGGGAAUUUUGUUGCUCCCGGAUAUUGGGCCGGCAGGAACCUAAGGGAGUUCAGGAUAAUGUUGAUCCAGAUGAUCAGAGAUUUGGGCCAAAUAACUUAGUUAAUUCAGAGAAAUGGGGAUUCCAUAAGGGUCUCGCUAUAAAGACGUUUAGCAGCAGCAGUGCAUGACUGGCUCCACAUUGAACCAACAAAUAGACCACAUCAUCUCCUUGAUACAUUCUUUGCCUAUGUAAUUAUGUUUCGGCCAAAAACAGGUGUAAAAAUCAAAUGCAUGUAAGAUCCCUUUUCCGUUGGCAUACUACAGAUUUGGGUGUCAGACUUUUAUGACGAAAGCCACUGUCUCACGUAGGUGGACUGCCAUUGAUGACUGUCAUAGUUUUUCUUGUAUAUACAUUUUAUUAUCUUUGAAAUUUGAUCAGCUUCUACCAAUUGCCUGUACAGAAUUGAUCUUGUUUGUUGACUAGAAGUUGAUGUUCAGAACAAACCCCCCACACCCCCAAGAAUGACUUGCCUUGCUUAACAUACAAUUUCUUUUAAUUAAAUUGUACUAUCUUAGGUUCUUUAUUAGAUUGGAUAUUGACAUCUAUUUUCUUGGGGAUGUAAUAUUGAUACAUUUACACCCAUGUGAUGACACUAUUUUUUUUUACAAUGAAUAUGGGAUGUGCAUGCGUUUCGAUCUUCA